AUGAAUGAUGUUUUAGAAAGUUAUAAAUUUUUAAAUGCAGAAACAAUAGAUUAUCAAGUAUUAACACCAGAUUUUGUAAAGAGGAAGGUUAUUCAAGAUGGGGUACCAAUUGUGAUUACUAAUACAACAAAGGAUUGGAAAACAGAUAUAUUUACACCACAAUGGAUUAAAGAAAAGUAUAGUAGUUUAGAAAUAACAGUUAGAAUUGAUGGCGAUUCAAAAAAUACCGAACAUUGGACCGUUGGUCAAUAUAUAGAUUAUUUAAAUAAAAUGUCUUCAACCCAAAAUAGUAAUAAUACAAAUAAUACUGAAAUAUUUAAUAAUAAUAAUAAUAACAAUAGCAACAUUAAUAACAAUAACUCCCCUAAUUUAUAUAGCAGUAGUAACAAUUCUCCAUUAUUAUACAAUAAUAAUACAAGUUAUAAUAACAAUAAUGGUCAAAAUUUUAACCAGCACCAAAAUUUACAUUCAAAUCAACAACACCAGCAACAAUCAGGUAAUCAACAAAACUAUACUAUUCCAUCAUCGUUUUAUUAUAGAAAAGAUAUACCAUGUCCUCCAGAAUGGACAAAAUAUAUUGAACAGUUUAACAAACUGUAUGGUUUUUUAAGGGAGAAAGAUAUUGGUGAUUUAACAUGCGAUUUACCAAUACAUUUACAACCAAACUCAACUCAUAUUUGUAUUGAUGGUUCAGAUUAUUGGUCACCUGGCCAAAGAGAAGUUGCUGGUUCAAUUGGUUAUAAUUUAAUGGUUUACAAUGGAGGUGCAAGUAAAACAUAUUGGUUUUGCACCUCAUCAAAAUCUUUUGAUGAAGCAUCAAAGUUUUGGAGAAAUAAAACCGGUGUUCCUGUGGACAACGACUCAAAGCAGAUGUUUAUCAGAUUAGAUGACCUUUCUAAAGCCAACUUUCCAGUUUAUUUUAUGGAGCAAAAACAGGGCGACCUUGUUAUCAUUCCACCAGGUUCGAUAUAUCAAUAUUUUAAUGUUGGUGGUAAAAGUAUGAAGUUAUCUUGGAACAGAAUGGCAUAUCAAAAUUUAGAACUAUCCUAUAGAAAUAUCUUACCAAUUUAUAGAUCCAUAAAAAAGAAAGAACACUUUCCUGUUAAAUCAAUUGCAUUCCAUGCAUUAUUAAAUCGAUUGUCGUUGGCUGAUGAAUGUAUAAAGACCCAAUCACCACAAGUGGCGUUAAAUGAAGAAGUAGCAAAAGAAAUUUUUACUCUUUUAAAAAUUGUCAAAGAUAUCCAAUGGUCCGAAAAAGUAGAUCUUACUGUAAUGUCCGAAGAAAGAAAUGCAACAGAAGAGAAAGUAGAACGUUAUACGGAUAAUCAAUACAAGAAAAUUUGUAUCUAUUGUAAUGGCUUUAUUUUUAAUCGAGCAUAUCUUUGUAGUGAAUGCCAGAAAGAGAAAUCCCCAAAUAUGUCGUUAGUCUGUAUCCAGUGUAUUUCGGAAGGUGCGUGUAAACAUAAAAAUCAAACUCUUUUAGAAACAAUACCUUGUAAUUCUAUGGAGUCAAUCAUUGAAAAUGCCAAAAAAAUUCUUCAAUCACUUUGUGCUCUUAUAGAAAGAUUGGGUUCAUAUCCACCUUUCAAUCUAGAUGAGGUUUUAUCACCAAGUGUUUCCGCUAACCCAAACCAAGUUUCUCCGGGAACAAUUGCUUUUAACCAGGUAAUUCUUUUUCAAGAAGAUCAAAAGGCUACUUGUCACCAAUGUAAAUUAGCUCGACCAAGAAACAAAAUUGCAUAUUGUCACAAAAAAGUUGAAGAACAUGGUAAAAAAAGAAAAAAUAGGAAAAUGAAAUGCCAAAAAAAAUUUUGUUCUCAAUGUCUUUGGAAUAGAUACCAAGUUCAAUUGGUUGAAUGUUUGUCUCAAAGAAAAUGGGAAUGUUUAUUUUGUUUAAAUAAAUGUAAUUGCUCUGCAUGUAAUAGGAAAAGGUCUUCUGAUAAUAAUAAUAAUAAUAAUAAUACAGUUCCAAAAGAAAAUGAUAAUACUACCACCACAACAACAUCAACUUUAUCACCAAAUAUAUCAAAAUCAAAUAACAAUUUAAAUAGUAAUUCAACUACUCCUGGUUCACCAAAUAGUGGUCAAAAUACUCCACAAACAAAAUCACCAUCAAAAAUGUCACCUUAUAUAUCUUCUACUAAUAAUAAUAGUAGACAUCAUCCUUACUACCAACUAAAUCCACAGAAUGAACAAUCAACAAUGUUUAUAAAUUAUAAUCCAGCGGCAAUUAAAAACGAAAAAUCAAAUAAAAACUCUAAUAAUGUAAAUAGUAACAAUAAUAAUAACAAUAAUAAUAAUAAAAAUAAUAACAACAAUAACAACAAUAAUAACAUCAACAACAAUAAUAAUAACAGUAACAAUAGUAGUAGUAUUAACAAUACCAAUAACAACAAUACCAAUAAUAACUCUAAUAAUGGUAACAGUAUGAAUAAUGGUUAUGAAUAUUACUACUACCCAAAUCAACAUAAACAAUCAGCUCCAUAUAGCUAUAAUCCUCAUGGGAUACCAAAUCCAUACGAACAUCCAUCAAAUAUCUAUGAACAAAAUUAUUAUCUACACCCACCUGUACAUUUUCAACAAGUGUAUCCACACAUUCAAUAUCAAAUGAACCCAAAUUAUAUUCAGUAUCCCUACUAUCCACAAGAUUUUCAACAGCAACAACAUCAACAUCAACAUCAACAGCAACAGCAACAACAUCAACAACAUCAACAACAUCAACAACAUCAACAACAUCAACAACAUCAACAACAUCAACAACAACAACAAGUUUACCCAAAUCAACCAUCCCCAUCAAACUCACCAUCCCAAUCACAAUCUCAGGUCAAUCCACACCAGCAACCAUCCAAUAUUUACCAACAAAAUUCACACUCUUUAAAGCAACUACCGCAACAACUUCCAAACCAUAAUGUUAAACAAGAACCAAAUAAUUUAAAUCAAUAUCAAAAUCAAAAUGUUCCUGACUAUAACAUUAAACAAGAGUUACAAUCAUCUCAAAAUACCAAUUUAGAAUAUAGUAUAAAACAAGAAAAAAAUAAUUCGAAUAUCAUUAACAAUAUGGAUAAUACAAAUAACAAUUUGAAUAACUUUAAUAAUAACUAUAGCGCAAAUAAUUUUAUAAAUAAUAAUAACAAUAAUGGAAAUAAUAAUUUGCAAUUUAAUUCAAACAAUAAUACACCAACUGAAUUUGUAAGUGGCAACCAUCCUUUUAGUGAACAAUCAUCUCAUGAUCAAUUUAUAAACUCUGAUACUAAUACCACUUAUAUUCUUAACAAAAAUAAAAAUGAAACCAAAGCAAUACAAUUGGAACAACCACAACAGCAACUACAACGCCAACAGCCAAGUCAAUCUCAAUUAGGGAAUCAAACAAUUUAUAGAAAUAAUAAAGAACAAAACCAAUUAAUCCCAAAAACAAACACAUCUCAUCAAAUUAUAAGUUUAACAAAUCAUAACGAAAAUAACCACAGCAACUCACCAUUUAUUGAAAAAAAGAAACCUACUACUUUUGAUUCACCAAGUUUUGGAUCCCCAAACCAUAUGCUUUUUGUAGAUUAUUUUAACUCAGUAGAGCCACACUCCGAUUCAAUUGAUGGAACUAUAAAUUUAUAA